UCAGCAAGGUGAAGGUCGGAUUUACGAAAGCCAUUCUCGCGUCCAGUUGAAAUUUAUGGCAAAAUAACGGGUAAUGCGAGAAGUCUUGUGUGGUGGUUUACGAACACAAAAUGCAUAAUCAGCAUAAUACAAAUUAUAUAAUAGCCUUAUUUUCUAACAGGCAAGUAAAAUAACACAUAAUAAUAUAAAAUCAUAUAUAGAAUUAGGGGACUAUACUGUUACACUCUAUAACCGAGAAAACACCUUCUUUAUAUAAUAAAUGUAACACGCGUGGUGGCGUCGUAAGUAAGGCCUUCCGAUGUCGUGGAUUUCAAUAAUAACCGGCAAUUGAGAGAGGGCAUUCAACACCAUGCAGAUAUUAAUAUCUUCUUCUUCUUGUUAAACCUGUGUCAUUUACAUAGCCCUAUAUACCUGUCACGAUAUCAAUUCAUAACUUGAAAUGUAGUUCUGGUAUUAAAUAUUAUGAGUGAUGUUUUUCUGUGUGUAGAGGGUUACCGACGGAUAUCGCUGGAGCUCCAUGAAGACGCGCACAUUGUCCGAGAAGUGGUAAUCCCACACAAAGGGCCCCCGUGCUCCCACGGCCUGACUCACCCACCCGAGUUAAACUCUCUCUCCCUCACCGCUGAGUCCUCAUAGAAGAACCUGACACAGACGCCUCAGCAGGUUUGUUGUUAUUGGGUGCCUGGUACUUAGCAUCUAAAUAAGCCAUGAGAAUCUCCCAGGGAUACAUCUGGGUGACUAUUCCCUUAUUAUUGCUACUGACGAGCGCUCAUGCUGAACAGUCAGACCUUGAUGAAGAUGCGGAUGUGGUUUUAUCUCGAGUAAGACGAGUGAUUGGCGGGAAGAGCAUCGCAGAAGGCCAUUCGCCGUGGCUCGUUUCUCUCCAAGGAAAAAUUGUCACCAAGAAAUUAUUCGGAUUUAUACCAAUCGCCUACAAAAAACUUUACUGCGGGGGUUCGGUGCUUAGCGACCGAUGGAUCUUAACGGCUGCCCACUGCUUCAAAGACAAGACCUAUGCAGAUGCCCUUAAACCUGGUUCAUGGCACGCUUACCUCGCAACAGUGGACUUGAAACUAGGAUUUUGGGACCGAAUAAGGCACGCUUUCGGGAAGUUAUUCGGACGAACCGACUGGCUGGAGUGGGAGAGACAUUUGGAUCGGGUUGUCAUUCAUCCAAAUUACAAUCCAUCAAAUAGAUGGGAAAAUGAUAUUGCCCUUGUCCGUUUGAGAGACUCGGUCCCUUCCGGUUCAACAUUUGCUCAGAUUCGGAGAAUACAGCUUCCCGAGGAGAACGAUAUGAGCUUCCCUGCAACGGGAGAUAACUGUGUUGCGACAGGCUGGGGAUGUACUCGUGACGGCGGAGGCGUGAGUAAGACGGCAAUGUCAGUAAAUCUCCCCAUCCAGUCCCCGUCCAGCUGUAGCUGGCGAUACGGCGUCAAUAUGGCCACCCGUUUGUGCGUGGGUACCGAAGGCAAGGGUAUAUGUCAGGGUGAUAGUGGUGGUCCCUUAGCUUGUCGUAUGAACGGGAAAUGGGUUCAGACAGGAAUUGCUUCGUUUAUUCAUGGUCGCCAGCCUGACAAGUACCCAAGCGUCUUCACCCGGGUGUCAAAAUACACAAGCUGGAUCAAACGAAACACGGGCCUCAGGUGACGUGGGACAUUCCGGGGUCUUGGCUCAUUUCAUUCAUUUUACAUAAAUACAAAUUUAUUGUCUUUAUUUGUUCAUGACUAUAUUUUAAGUUUUGUCCCACCGUAUGAUUUAAAAUAUUUUUUCACAUAA